CUGUUUUACGACAUAGCUCUACCGCUCAAAAAACUGUAUUUCAUGAUCUCAGUACGCUGAGAUAUAUCUCAUGCUGUUGUUUGCCUCAGAAUACAUAUGGUUAGAAAAGUUCAUCGAAUUUUGUAGGCGAUUUUGCUUGAGGGAAAAAGUACAAACUUAAAAACGACUAUUUUUCUCAUUUUGCAUUAUGGAUGGAGUUUCUCUGGCGGAGUCAUUGCUGUACAGGGAUAUCGAAGAGGCACAAAGAUCAAUUAGAAGCGAAUGUGGUAUGGAAAUCACAAGCAGACCGUCACAAAAGCAAUUGCACAGUGACCAUGAUGAUCAAAAUCAAUUCACCUCACUAAUCAAGAACUUUACACUGCAACCAGUUCAUUGCAAAGAAUUAUGGAAUGAAAACAAUAAGCAUCCAAGUAAUAAGUGUAUACGUCGAUUUCAAAAGUUUCAAGAUCAACUUGAAAAGUAUUUAAAAGAAGGCAUAAAAAUUGAAUCCAUUUUGGUAAAUAAUCUUGACAAAACUUCACACUGUAUCAUGAAAGAAAGUCAUUUUCAGUGUUGUCAAGACUUUACAAAUGUACAAACUUGUAUUAAUUCUUUAUACUCUACAACACUUUAUGUCAUACAACUUUUAAAAAGUAUACAAGAUGUUUAUUCAAUUCAAAUUCCUGUUUACAUAUAUUCAACAAUUCAACGUCCUUUAAAUUUGAUUCGAGCUUUUCAAAAUGAUGAAGGAAAUUUGUUAAAAGUGAAACAUCAAGAUGCAUUGGUUCUGGAAUCCAUUUUUGUUAAAACAUUCAAUCUUUUUAAUACUAAUCCCCCUACUGAUGUUAAGAUAACAUUUGAAUUGCUGGUAGAUACUGAAGCCUCUGUCGUUUUUAGAUUCGCAGAACCUAAAGUAUAUGCUCUGCUACAACAGCUCUCAGAAGCGUUCAUCGAAAACCUGUCAAAAGUUGACUUAAGUUUUGAGGUGGUUUCCAACUCGUGCAAAUCAAAUAAUCUAUUCACACUAGUCAGCAGUAUUAAAUCUUGUGAUGAAACGAAUCUGAUUUUAAAGCAACUUAAAGAAGCUUAUUUAUCUAAUCAUUAUUGUAUCAAUGAUGCUAAUCGCCAAAUCAAAUUCUGCUUAUAUUCACACGAUCCCCGUUUGAGAGAUUCAAAUUUAGAGGUAUAUGAAAUGUUAACAAAUGUAGAACCGGAUAUACUUGCCUAUAAUGACAAUGAUUGUACUACAAAAGUGGACGAACAGAGUGUAGAACAAUUCUAUAGUGGCAAAAUACUAAAUAAUACUAUGACUAAGAGUAAUAGCAGUGGACUAACCUAUUGUGAUAAUACUAGCAAUAAUAUAUCUGAUAAUUCAACUACAAACAAUUCAUCACAGGAAUAUCAUCAUAAACACCUGUCACACUAUGCUGGUGAUUACAUUCUAUUAGUUGACUCUGUGUGUUUAAAAGAACGACUAGGUUGUCCGUAUGGAAUCAAUCUGUCUACUGGUGAAUCUGGUCUGUUCAAUCUAUCAGCUGGUAGACGUGUACCACAGAGUCAAACAUGGACAUUACACUGUUCUGUCCCUGUAAAAUUAUCGUCACCAAUGGAAUCAUCUGUUGGACGCAUUUGCACAGAUGAAAAUAUCAGUGAAGGGUUCAGAAAGCAAACAAGUCAAAAUUCCAGUCUUAUCGCGGUAAACUUAAAUUCAUCAUGUCGUAUGCCGCCGCCACUACUGCGGCCGACAUUGUCCUCGUCAUCAUCAUCAACAUCAUCGUCAUCUUCAGUGUCACCGUCAUUACCGCAGUCGAUGUUAUGGAAACAUUCUUCUCGGUCUUCUCACUCAUCUUCAUCUGAAUCGACUAGUGAUGAUCGUGAAAGGAAUAAUAAUAAUGAUAAUGUUAAUAAUAAUAAUAAUUCUACUGAACGAACUGUUACUACUGCUGUAACCAGUUACUACAGUACAACAACAACAACGGCGUCAACACCAGCAACGACAACAAGCCAAGCGAAUGUAUACCUUAAAUGUGGUGGUGGUGCAACAACAAGUUGUUCUGAGGAAUUUCAACUGAAGUUAAUAACCAGUCAUAACAAUAAUAAUUAUAAUGAGAACUUGGAUAGUGCUAAUGUUGUUGACAAUGGCAAUAAAAGUGGUAGUGGUCGGCAUAAAAUGACAAAUACUAACAAUAGUAGUACUACUGCGAAACGUCAUAAUCAUGCUAAAGGAAGGCAAAUGUAUGUUAUGCGACACGCUGAACGUGUAGACAUGAGUUUUGGUCAUGCAUGGGUUACUCAGUGUUUUGAUCAUAAAGGAGUGUAUCGUAGAUUCAACUUAAAUCUCCCACCAUGGUUACCGACCAGAUCAGACUGUUUAGAGUAUAUUUUGGACUCACCAAUUACUCAGGUUGGAUUAUUUGUAUCAGCUGAAACUGGUCGAGCGCUGGCAGACGCUGGAGUUCAAUUUACUGCGUGUUAUUGUUCACCAGCUUUUCGAUGUGUUCAAACUGCCUGUGAAUUAUUACGAGCAAUGGGUCGUUUUGAUCUACCUGUUCGUAUAGAACCACAUUUAUUUGAAUGGUACGGUUGGUAUGCUGGUAAUCGUUUACCGAAAAUGAUGACUCCUCAUCAACUGAAACAAGCUGGUUAUAAUGUGGAUAUAAAUUAUAAACCAUUAAGUGUAUGCAGUGAUAAAGAUUUCAAUGAAUCUAUACAAGGCUAUUGUGAUCGUACUGCUCUAUUAAUUAAGCGUAUAUUAAAUAUUCAUAAAUCUAAAGAUACCUGUUUGUUGAUUGUUGGUCAUGCUUGUUCACUGGACACCUGUACACGUCACUUGGUGAAUCAUGGCUUUCGACAUCAUCAUCAUAUCUCUUCAGAUGAAUUCCAACAUCGUACAUCAAUUGUACCGUAUUGUGGUUUACUAUUGGCUGAAGAGAAUCGUCGAUGGAAUCUUGUUGAAGCGCCGAUACCCAAUGCUUGUUCAUAUUCGCGAAAUUGUGAUUAUGAUUGGAGAGAGUUGCUUGGAUCAACACUGUGUAAUUUUAAGAUUAAAUGAAGAGAUUUGUAGACUGAAUAAUAGGGGAAGUGAACUGAAAUUGAUGUUGACUGCAUAAUUGGAUGGGUGUUGGUCUUCUUCGUUGUGGUGGUUGGGGUGGGAAUUGACUAUGUAGUAUUACUACUCGCGCUAGUCUUAUUACUAUUUUUUGUUUUGUUGUUAAUUUGCAUUUAUAUGCAUACGUAUAUGCAUGUGUAUGUGUAUAUUUUCGAUUGAUUUUGUCAAGACACCAGAGAAAAGACGCAAAAAAUGUACAGUAUUUCAGUAAGCCGGUCAGUCAGUCAGUGACUCACUGACUGGUAUUUUCCUCCAUAUUCACACUAUUUAUAUUAUUAUUGCUAUUAUUAUUAUUAUAAUUAUUAUCGUCGGUAUAUUAUAUCACUCUUCACCACAUAUCCUACAGGGGCGCCUUCAUCAGAGUUGUUUUUGAAGAAAUCUAUCUCUAUAUAUACAGUAUGCUACCUUAAUCAGGUACUUGGUUUUCUUGUUUUGUUUGUUUCGCGUUUCUUUCCACUGGUUGCAAGCAAAUUCGUUACACAUAACACUGUUGUUGGAGAUCGUUGACUAGGACUUCUGAGCAGCCAUGAAAUCAUUUGUUACUAUUAUUAUUGUUAUUGUUAUUAUUAUUAUUAUUAUCGUAACAGAAGAGGGGUGCAGUGCAGUGGAGUGUGUAUUCAAUUUAAUUUAAUUGAAUUAUGUAAAUAUAUAGAUGUUGUUUAUUUUA